UACUCUGCAGCAUUCCCAGCCACUGACCUGCGCUUGCACUAAUUUCAUUUGUAUGGUCUUAUUGACCAGAGCCCUGGCCCCUCCAGUGGUGAUGGUGUUACCCUUGUCUGGAUGUUUUAACCCUCCUAGCACAUGAUUUACUGUAUAAUUUCAGACUAUUGAAGGCUGUGACACAGUCCUAGUGAUAUGACAUAGUGCAAUCUCUGGCAUACCCGACAGUGGAGUUAACACUAGUUAACACUAUUAGAGUGUGGAAUCACAGAAUGUUUACAGCUUGGCAUGAUACCCAUGCUCUCUGCAGCAAUAAGUAUAGGGGCAUUCUUAAGGAGAUCUGGAAGGCAAAGAGACGAUAUGAGAUCGCCUUGGCAAAUAAGGUUAAGCAUAAUCCAAAGAGAUUCUACAGAUACAUUAAGAACAAGAGGGGAACUAGUGAGAGAGAAUAGAGUCCUUUAAAGAUCAAAGAGGUGGUCCUUGUGUUGAAUCGCAGGAGAUGGGAGAGAUUAAAUGAAUAUUUCACAUCAGUUUAGUGUGGGGAAAGAAAUGGAGGAUAGAGCACUUGGGGGAAAUAAAUAUUGAUGAUUUGAAAACAGCCCACAUUACAGAAGGGGAAGUGCUGGAAGUCUUAGAAAACAUAAUGGUGGAUAAAUCUCCGGGACCUGAUCUAGUGCAUCUCAGGAUUUUGUGGGAAGUUAGGGAGGAAAUUGCGGAAAUUUGCAGAAAUGUUUGCAUCACGUAUAAGUAUGGGUGAGGUUCGGAGGGAAAUGUGCCAAGUGCAGGUAGGUGGAACUAGUUAUAGUUUGGGAUUAUGGUCAGCAUGGACUGGUUGGACUGAAGCAUCUGUUCAUGUGCUGUAUGACUCUAUAAAAACUCACUGUGCCAAUCACCUACCUUUUCGCUAUAGAUCUGCCAUUUCCUUUUAUUCACUCUGAUAAAUACCCAGUUCUCCUCCUUGAAUGCCUCGGCUGCCUGAGCCUCUUCCAGGCACUUCGAUAACUCCAGAUGCCCCUCUGUGUUCUAACUUUAAAGCUCAGGCUGUGCCACGCAUGACCAUUGGGUCUUCUGCCAGUCACCUUAAACCAAUGUGCCCUCUAGUUCCUGACCCUCCUGUUGUUGGAAUCGUUCUCCCUCUCACUGUUCUUCAGAAAGUAGUCCCACUUAACUCACCCACUACUGAUGAGGAAAAUUCUCUUCAAUCCCAAGGCCAAAUCCAGUCAAGUGCCGUGUGAAAAGAUUCUUCCAUGGGUCUUCAUUGCUGCUUCUACCAAUUAACUUCGAUCUGUGCCCGGCCCCUUUCUCAAGUGGGUACAGCUUCUCCAUGUCUCCUGUGGGUUUGACUCGUGAGAUAAAUGUUUUUGUUGUAAGCGGUGGUUUAGUACUGCCUUGCUCUGCUUGCCUGUGUUUGGGGCCAUGUAGACUCUUGCAAGCUUUCCUUGUUCCUGUCCCACUCAGUGUAUAGCUAGCUGAAGCUCAGGGAUCCCUGCGCUCUCUCUUCUGGUGCAGGAUACACUUCCAGCUCUCGGCCUGACUGUGUGUGUGUGUGUGUGUUCUUUGUUUUGUUUUUAUUCAUUCAUCCAUUGGCUGAGAGCAUUGCCAGCAUUUAUUGCCCCCUGCAAUUGCCCAGAGGGCAGUUUAAGUACCAACCACAUUGCUGUGGAUCUAGAGUCACAUGUAGGCCAGACCAGGUAUGGAUGACAGUUUCCUUCCCUAAAGGAAGCAGAUGGGUUUUUCCUGACAAUCAGCAGAGAAUUCAUGCUCAUCAUUAAACGUUCUUAACUCCAGAAUAUUAUUGCAUUCACUUGCCAUUUGAUGCUUGGAUGUUACCUGGGUCUCUGGAUUAAUAGUCUAGAGAUAAUCCCCCUCAGCUAUUGCCUCCCCUCCUCUGUUAUCUGGGAGGUUGUUGCGUUUGUCUCUGCCUGGGCAGCCUUGAGCUGACUUGGAGAAUUUCGAGCUGUGUGUCCCCUCCCUGUGGUUUGUGACUGGACCAUUCUAGAGCCCCGUCUUUGUCUGUGUGAGCUCUCCAGAUGAGUCAGGCAUUGCUGCAGCAAGCCUUUUGGCUCUGUUGCUGUGUUGGUGAGACAGCAGUUUAUACCGGGAUCGAGAGGUUGGAUAGUGGAGGUCUUUUUCUCAAUGUGUCGAGGUGCUGAGCAGUUUCUGCAGCCCCCCCUCUGGUCUCUUUGCGGGGUCCUUCUCCUUCAAAGCCCAUGCCUCCCCACCUCCCUCGCUGCUCUCACUCCCUCUGACUCUUCCCAUACCUGCAGGCACGGCUCCGUCUGGUCGACACGGUUGAGAAGGAAGACGUGAAUGAAGCAAUGAGACUGAUGGAGAUGUCCAAGGAUUCUCUGCUUGGAGAUAAGAGUCAAACCAGCAGGGCACAGCGGCCUGCAGAUGUGAUCUACGCCAUUAUCCGGGAGAUGAUUUCUGAUUCAACGGUGCGAGUGGUUAAAUACUCUGAGGCCGAGCAGCGGUGCAUUUCGAAGGGGUUCACCCCGGCCCAAGUUGAGGCUGCCUUGGAGGAAUACGAGGAGCUGAAUGUCUGGCAGGUGAACCAGGCCCGGACCAAGAUCACCUUCGUAUGAGGGGGCCCCCCUCCCGGGGCAGUGACUGUCGCAGGCCAUUGAUCAGACUGGGAUCGGCUCCGCUUGGUUUGCUGGGCUUCUGUAGUGCUCGUUCCGACCAACACCAAGCACCUCACUCCCUUCACCCAGCCCAGUUCAUUCGGCCAUCUUCCUCCCUUUCUCCUCUGUGCCGUGACCUUAUCCAUAGACCCGUCAGGUCGGUGCCCGUUUUAACCCCAACCCCUUCUAAUCUCCAGCAGGGGCUUGUUGACGCCCAGUCUGUCACCUCCAACUCCCGCUCGUUCUGUUUUUAAUGUGUGGUAAGCUCCUGAACUUGCGCUCUUUGCAGGAGCUGAGUAAGUCAUGGGAACUGUUCAAUAAAGUCAGUUUGUACGAUU